UCCUCUCAGCGGAAUGAACCGCCCAACCCCUGAAGCUGCUACAGUAUUGCGUCAGUCACUGACCGCGGUGCGUGCAGCAGCGCACGCAGCCCUUGAACCAUGGCAGUCCAGAAACAUCACUACCCACAAAGCUACCGAUUGAGCGCAUGCGCGCUACGAACGGGAAAACUACAAACGCGUGAGCUCCGAUUGGCUACUGACCAGAGAACUACAGCUCCCAAUAGACAUGCGCAAAAAGUCCCUCUUAAAGCCUUUUAAAUUUACGUGCAAAAUGGCUGCACAGGUCGAUCUACUACGCGUCAAAGUAGAGGAGAAGAGCAGGGACAGCUUUGACAAAGCCACCAAAGAGAAGAAAAAGAAGAAAAAACGGGAAUGUUCGCCGUCCGAUGACAAGCGCGAGAGAGCGGAGAAGGAAGCGAAGAAAAUAAAGCUACAUCACCACCAACACCACAACCAACAUGCCCAACAGCGAGCGCAUCCACCGCACCAACAACAGAACAGCCAAGCGCGCGACUUCAGCAAAGAGCAGGCACCUGUGCAACACCGCCAUCUCAACCACCAUCCCAAUCACAGCUCCAAGAAAGAAGUACCUGCGGGAUGGCUGCCGCGCAAAGUGACACCAGCAGCGGCUCACGUCCCGCAGAAGACGGUCCUGCCGCCUUCCCCGCUCUUCACUUUCACGCCACUCAAAGUAGCGAAGGCCGAGACCCCCAAUAACAAGCCCAAACACAUCGAAAAGGACGCCAAACUCAAGCCCAAGAAGGAAAACACCGAGGCGAAUGUUAAAGUGGGGGAAUGCAAGAAGAAGAAAGAGCCCCAUAAUGAGAAUGGCAAAACCCAGACCCUGGAGGAAUACCUCCUAAAGAAAAAGAAAAAGAAGAAGCGGCAUCGUGAAGAUGAGCGAGGCAAGAAGUUGCGCGUGCACAACAAAGAGGUCCAGACGCUUUGCACAGGAUUGACAGGAGAUGCUCUGGCACCUUCUGAAGACCCUGCGUUGCAUGCGUACAUCAAAGAUGAAGAGCUGUGUCCAAGCUUAGGUAAGUACUACACUCCCAAAGCUGAGAAGAAGCCGUUCCUCUCACACCGAGACCACUUCAUCCGCAGCUCGUGGCUUCAGACCAACGGCUCCUUCAGCAGACUGAUCCAUGAGGAAAAGCAGCCCAAUGGAGGGGCAUCUGUACUACAUGCUUACGCAGAUGAACUGUCUUUACUGCAACCGGAGGACUCUGAAAGAUUUGCCCAGGAGUUUCUGGAUCUCGCCUUUGCUGAACACCCUAAAGGAGCCGCACGCUAUGCUCUCGCUGUGGUGCACGGAGCGGCUGCCUACCUGCCCGAUUUCUUGGACUACUUUGCCUUCAAUUUCCCAAAUACACCUGUCAAGAUGGAAAUCCUUGGUAAAAAGGACAUUGAGACCACCACGAUUGCCAACUUCCACUCCCAGGUGAACCGAACGUACUGCUCUGGGACAUAUAGAGCUGGUCCCAUGAGGCAAAUCAGUCUGGUCGGUGCAGUAGAUGAGGAGGUGGGCGAUUACUUCCCAGAGUUCUUGGACAUGCUUGAGGAGUCUCCGUUUCUGAAGAUGACUUUGCCAUGGGGCAGCCUGUCUACCCUAAAGCUUGACUGCAGGUCUCAGAGUGAUGAUGGUCCCAUCAUGUGGGUGAGACCAGGAGAGCAGAUGGUCCCCACAGCUGAUAUGCCCAAAUCUCCAUUCAAGAGACGAAGAUCAAUGAAUGAGAUCAAGAACUUGCAUUACCUCCCGAGAACCAGUGAACCACGUGAGGUGCUCUUCGAGGAUCGGACGCGAGCCCAUGCUGAUCACGUUGGCCAGAGUUUCGACUGGCAGAGUACAGCAGCUGUGGGUGUCCUGAAAGCUGUGCAGUUUGGGGAAUGGAGUGACCGGCCACGGAUAACCAAAGAUGUGAUCUGUUUUCACGCCGAGGACUUCAAUGACGUCGUUCAAAGGCUUCAGCUAGACCUGUAUGAGCCACCUGUGUCACAGUGUGUCCAGUGGGUGGAUGACGCCAAACUCAACCAGUUACGGCGAGAAGGCAUCCGCUAUGUUCGCGUGCAGCUCUGUGAUGAUGACAUCUACUUCAUCCCUCGCAACGUGAUCCACCAGUUCAAGACCGUCUCGGCCGUGUGCAGCCUCGCAUGGCACAUCCGUCUAAAGCAGUACUACUCCGAGGAAGAGAAGGAGGAGGAAUCGAAGGACAUUAAGACCAAGGACCUGUGCUCCACAUCAUAUCCUCCCCCCUCUUCAUCCCCUGUUCACCCAGACACCAAAGUCACCUCUUGCGCCCAGCUACAAGCAGACGCGGCUCAAGGCGGAGUGGCCAAAAUGGAUGAACUGGUUUUCCAGAAGCCUGCAACGCCACCCAGAGAGCCACAGCCUGCACCUCCUCAGCCAGCUAAAUCUGCCCACACUGUACCCGCCGCUCUUGUCCCAGCACCCUGGCCCACACCAGAGCAAAUGCUUCCACAGGCUCCCGCCGAGCCUGCAUCAGACUCCUCACUCGACGGCAGCAGAUCCACAGAUUUCCCCAAAUGACUUCCAAAUCCUUCCUUUUGCAGAGGGUUGGGGUUUUAUUUCACCUUACAGACUUGACUGACAUUCCACAGUGUAAAAAAAGGAAUAUCUGGACUUUGCCUAGAAAUGAAGAUGAAGACUGUAUAUUUUUCUGUUUUAGCUUUUGGUUAAGGAAAGGAACCCGUGAGUACUUUUUAGGUUUUUCUCAGCCAAAGUAUUUAAUUUGAAAUAUAUUUUUGCUGGUUAUGCAGUAUUGUUUUAUAUUUGUUUAUAUAUUAUUAUUAUUAUUAUUAUUAUUAUUAUUAUAAAUUAGAUUAACUAUCUCUCAAGAGGGACUUUUCACAUUGUUUCGCAGGCCGUUGUUUGCAUCAUGUUGAUCUGCUAAUUGGUUUUUACAAACAAAAACAAGGAAAAAAGUGCCUGUCACAAGUGGAGAGCAGCAAUCAUAUCUUAAAAGAGAACAAUAGUCUUAUUUUUUCCCCCCAUGGUGUACUGUCACUGAAAUAUUUGACAUAUUUAAGCUAGCGAGUAGGUAUCGAUUUAAAGUGAGAGAUAUUUGCUUUUUCUUUUAUCUUUCUCUGGUUUGCUUGAAGGAAAAUUAAUUAUUUUUUGAAUGACUAAUAGCAGUAAUUAUCAAAAAGGAACUUGUGCAUUACCUCUCGUAUACAGGAAAUAGGAUUUGGUAUCCACAAGAGGGUUGUUUGUUUGUUUGUUCAUUUUAAUUAUUUAUUUUCGUCCAGAAUUGUCAGUCUUUUAAGAUCAUGGUCAUGAAUUAAUUUGUCAGGUUUGUUUUCUGUCUGGAUUGUGUGCAGAAGCCGUUGUGCUUUCUUAUGUUUUUAUUUUUGACUGGGAAGACAUAUUCCAUAUCCGGAUGUUAGCAGAAAACUAGAUGGAAAUGUAAAUAACCAAACCAACACUCAGGGGCAACAUUCUGAUGCCUUUUCAUUUUGUCAAGUCUCUUUCUACUUUACUUUAAAUUUUAUAGCAAUCUAAUCCAUACAUUCAGAUUUUUGGGUUUUGAUUGAAUCUUUAAUUCUGACGUUUUCGUAUGAGCUUCAUAUAAAGGAAACGGUCUCUUGAUUCAGAUGGAUCAUCUAAACAAGCUUCCAUUCAGUUUGUACACAAUUCUGCUCAUACUAUCAGAGUAUUU